UUCACUCCUCUCUCUCAUUCCACCAAAGCGCAAAACAAUCUCCUCUUUGAAUCAAUCUUUGAGAUGGCGCGUACCAAGCAAACAGCCCGCAAGUCCACCGGCGGCAAGGCUCCCCGGAAGCAGCUGGCCACGAAGGCCGCCAGGAAAUCUGCUCCGGCCACCGGCGGAGUGAAGAAGCCCCACAGGUUCAGGCCGGGAACGGUGGCUCUCAGGGAGAUCAGGAAGUACCAGAAGAGCACCGAGCUUCUCAUCCGAAAGCUUCCGUUUCAGCGUCUCGUUCGCGAAAUCGCACAGGAUUUCAAAACGGAUCUGAGGUUCCAGAGCAGCGCCGUUUCUGCGCUUCAAGAAGCCGCUGAGGCUUACCUCGUUGGACUCUUCGAAGACACUAACCUCUGCGCUAUUCACGCUAAGAGAGUCACCAUUAUGCCUAAGGACAUUCAACUCGCCAGAAGAAUCAGAGGGGAACGAGCCUAGUUUCAUACUUCACUACCUCUUCUUUUCUCUUUAUUUAUUUUUAUUCUCAGCAUUCAGCAACCGCUCUNUGGGUUUCUCUUUUUUAAUUUCUGUAUUAUCCAUUCAAAAGGAAUUCACUCGCACUUGUCUUUUAAAUCUUGAUUCCUAAUCCAAUUGAUGCAAGUACUUAUUUGUGGUUAGA